AUGCGAGCCCGCAAUAUUGCUUUGGAAAUCUUUAUUCAGACAAUGAAUGAAUCAUUGAUAAUUAAUGCAGGAAUUACUCUAUCUGAUGUUCAUUGUAAAUAUUCGUUAUUGAUAUUCGAUAGGAUGCGUUCGAUAAAUGAAAUAUCAAAAUUAGAAGCUGUUGUCAAUGAAAUUGAUUUUGGUUAUGAGGUGGGUGAAAUCUAUAGUGAAAUCAAUCCAUUGCCAGGGCCAUUUCCAUUCCCACUUGUUGGUAAUUUGAUUGGAUUCUAUAGGAAUAAUGGAAGGAUACAAAAAUAUCUUAUUGAAUUGCAUCAUAGAUAUGGAGCAACAUUUGAGUUGUAUAUUGGGGGAGUUAGAAGAAUAGUUUUUUGUGAUGUGGAAAAUGUUGAUAAAUUGUGCACAGCAGCUAAAAACAAUGCUUUUUUGAUUAGAUUGCCUUAUACCGAAGGGUUUGAUGAACUUGGUAUAGCUGGCAAAGGAUUAAUUAUGAAUUAUAACGUAAAAUCAUGGAGAUAUAAUAGACAAUUCUUCACACAAGCCAUAUUAUCACCCGGGUUUGAUAAUAAAUCACUUGAUUGGGCAAACAAAUUAUUAAAAGAAAUGGAACAAUAUUGGCAACUUUUAAAAAACGAAAAUGGUGAUAAGGUUGCGAUCAAUCUCGAUGCCUGGGUUCAUAGAUUUACUCAUGAUAUUAUAACAGUGGUGACGACAGGCGAAAGAGCCUAUUCAAUGGCGUAUUAUUUAAAUACACUCAGCGACAAACAUCUUGAUUAUCCAUCAGCACUUUUGGAAGAUUCAGAAAGAUUUAUUAAAGGAGUUAGAACUCAUUUUCUUGGCGGUCCGAUUUUUAUAGCAGUGCCAAGUAUUAUUAGACAUUAUUUGCCAAUGACGGCAAAUUUGUUUUGUGUUAUUGCAUAUUUUCUUGCCAAAAAUCCACUCGUGAAAAAGAAAAUGGUGGAAGAAAUAGAUUCCAUAUUUGGUGACGAUAAAACACGCGAGAUAACACACGAUGAUUUAAAUAAACUCAAGUAUUGUGAUGCAAUCAUAAAAGAGGUAGAUCGAUUGGUGCCCAUUGUUAAUACGGUUGCAAGAUACAGUACACGUAAGGAAGAAAUAGGAGGAUAUGAAUGGCCGGCUGAUGAAAAUGCCGGAGUACCAAUCAAUUCUUUUGCUAUUACUAUGUCUCGAGAAAUAUUGGUUUACGUUGUUGCCAGAGAAUAA